AUGUAUAAGAAUCAAUCCAAGAGAGAUGACCUUUUGACAAUUUUACCUUCCUACAUUCCUGAAGCAUUCUUUCUGGAUCACGCUCUGACCCACACUCCUGUAAAGGAAUUCAUUGCGCACACUGCUGCAGUUAAUGAUCUUUGCUUUGAUAUCGAAGGUGAAUACAUUGGAAGCUGCUCUGAUGAUGGUUCUGUUGUAAUUUGUAGUCUUUUUACUGACGAAAGAAUGAAAUUUGAGUAUCAUCGUCCUAUGAAGGCCAUUGCUUUAGAUCCAGAUUAUGUGAGGAAAUCGUCCAGAAGAUUUGUUACUGGAGGUUUAGCUGGUCAUUUGUAUUAUAACGUGAAGAAGUGGAUUGGCUACAGAGACCAGGUUUUGCACUCUGGUGAAGGACCAAUUCAUUCAGUGAAGUGGAGAACCAGCCUUAUUGCCUGGGCUAAUGAUGCUGGUGUGAAAGUUUAUGAUGCUGCUAAUGAUCAACGUGUAACAUUUAUAGAAAGGCCUCGUGGAAGCCCACGACCUGAGCUUCUGCUUCCUCAUUUGGUUUGGCAGGAUGAUACUAUGCUGGUUAUUGGAUGGGGAACAUCUGUUAAAAUAGUAUCAAUAAGAGGCAAUCAGAAUAAAACCGUGAAUGGGACUUAUAAGCAGAUUCAGAUGUCUAGCAUGAACAAGGUGGAUAUUGUGGCAUCAUUUCAAUCGAGCUAUUUCAUUUCAGGAAUUGCUCCUUUUGGUGAUUCUUUGGUUGUUUUAGCAUACAUUCCGGUGGAAGAAGAUGGAGAAAAGGACUUUAGUAGCACUAUUCCUUCACGCCAGGGAAAUGCUCAGAGACCUGAAGUCAGAGUUGUCACUUGGAAUAAUGAUGAACUGGCGACUGAUGCACUGCCUAUACAUGGCUUUGAGCAUUAUAAGGCCAAGGAUUAUUCCCUUGCUCAUGCUCCUUUCUCAGGUAGCAGCUAUGCAGGUGGUCAGUGGGCUGCUGGUGAUGAACCACUGUACUAUAUUGUGUCACCAAAGGAUGUCGUUAUUGCUAAGCCCAGGGAUACAGAAGAUCACAUAUCUUGGCUUCUUCAACAUGGACGGCAUGAGAAAGCCUUGGCAGCAGUUGAAGCCGGUCAAGGACGAAGUGAGCUUCUUGAUGAGGUGGGGUCCAGAUAUCUUGACCAUCUAAUUGUGGAACGCAAAUAUGCUGAGGCAGCAUCUUUAUGUCCCAAAUUACUGCAAGGCUCAGCUUCUGCAUGGGAAAGAUGGGUUUUCCAUUUUGCUCAUCUUCGUCAACUUCCUGUGCUGGUUCCUUACAUACCUACAGAAAAUCCGAGGUUACGUGAUACUGCUUACGAGGUUGCUCUUGUUGCUUUGGCGACAAAUACAUCAUUUCAUGAGGAUUUGGUGAAAAUUGUUAAAACCUGGCCACCUGCUCUAUAUUCUACUUUGCCCGUUAUCUCAGCUAUAGAACCCCAGCUUAAUACUUUGUCAUCUAGUGAUGCUCUCAAAGAGGCUCUUGCUGAGCUAUAUGUAAUUGAUGGACAAUAUGAGAAAGCUUUCAGCCUGUAUGCUGAUCUUAAGAAGUCGGAUAUAUUUGACUUCAUUGACAAACAUAAUUUGCAUGAUGCCAUUCGAGAAAAGGUAGCUCAGCUUAUGUUGAUAGACAACAAACAUGCCAUUCCAUUGUUUAUCCAGCACAGAGACCUCAUAAGCCCAUCUGAUGUAGUUUCGCAACUCAUAGCUGCAAAGAAGAAGUGUGAUUACCGAUAUUUUUUGCAUCUCUAUCUGCAUGCACUAUUUGAGUCAAAUCCGCAUGCUGGAAGGGAUUACCAUGACAUGCAGGUGGAGCUGUAUGCUGACUAUGAUCCGAAAAUGCUGCUUCCCUUUCUUCGGAGUAGUCAGCAUUACACACUGGAAAAGGCGCAUGAAAUUUGUGUCAAAAGAGAUUUAUUAAGAGAGCUAGUCUUUAUUCUUGGAAGAAUGGGAAACUCCAGGCAAGCUUUGGCAGUAAUUAUCAAUAAAUUGGGGGAUAUAGAAGAGGCCAUAGAAUUUGUAAGUAUGCAGCAUGAUGAUGAACUUUGGGAAGAGCUUAUUAAACAGUGUCUAAACAAACCAGAGAUGGUAGGGGUUUUGUUGGAGCAUACUGUCGGCAAUCUCGAUCCCUUGUAUAUUGUAAAUAUGGUCCCAAAUGGAUUAGAGAUACCACGGCUUCGAGACCGCCUUGUCAAAAUCAUCACAGAUUAUCGGACGGAAACUUCUCUCAGACACGGGUGCAAUGACAUACUCAAGGCUGAUUGCGUAAAUUUACUGAUCAAGUACUACAAGGAGGCCAGGCGUGCCAUAUACUUGAGCAACGAGGAAGACAAGUCUCGGGACAAUAAAAAAGGGCAAUCUCAGUCGACCGAGAGAUCCCUUAGCAUAAAAGGAACUGACGUGAAGUCGAGAAUAAAGGGUGGGACUCGGUGCUGCAUAUGUUUCGACCCUUUUUCAAUCCAAGACGUGUCUAUAUACGUUUUCUUCUGUUGCCAUGCGUACCACGAGACGUGCCUCAUGGACUCUAUCGAUUCAAUUAGUAGCAAAAAGAAGCCUGAGGUGGUGGGCCCCACCAAUGGUGACCUGUCGUACUAUGAAUAUGAUGACGGUGAUGAUGAUGAUGAUGAUGAUGAUGACGUGGAAGAUGGUGAUGACGGUAGG